GCUUCCAAGCUUAACCAACAGAUGGUAAAUUUGCGAAUGACUGCAAACGUCAGUGGGUGGAAGAAGUUUGGUUAAGCAAAAAUGACAAUUCAUAAUAUUUACAUUUUUGACCAUAAAGGCGGUUUAUUGUAUUACCAUGAAUGGAACAGGAUCAAACAAUCUGGUAUGACCAGUGAGGAGGAGGCCAAGCUGAUGUACGGAAUGCUCUUCUCUAUAAAAUCUUUUGUGAACAAGAUUUCUCCCAUCGAUACCAAAGAAGGCUUCCUUUAUUACAAGACGUCAAAAUACACUCUGCACUUUAUGGAAACACCUUCAAGGAUCAAAUUUGUGUUGAACACUGAUAAUAACGCUCAGGAUAUGAGGGAACUGCUGCAGCAAAUCUACAGUCAAGUUUUUGUGGAAUACGUUGUGAAAAACCCACUCAGCAAACUGUCAGAGCCAAUUCAGUCUGAAUUGUUUAAAACUAAACUAGAUGCAUUCGUUAAACAAUCACCUAGCUUCUUAGCGAAACCUCUUUAACUGUAUUACUUUUAAUGUACGUGUACAAUAGGAUUAAGAAUUAAAUAAAUUAUAUUAAAUUACAA